AUGGCACCCCACACUGGGGCCAAGCUCACCUUGGCCAAUCGCUAUGUACCUCUGCAUUACCAUUUGAAGUUGGAAAUCAACCACACCAAGCCGAACUUCCAGGGUGAGGCCGUCAUCGAUUUGGUUUCCAAUACGCGGUACACUGGUGCUUCUGAGGAUGGGUUCCAAUUAGUGCUUCAUGCCGAAAAGUUGAUCAUCACUAAGGCGGUGGUGAACGGGCUGGUUCCUCUUAAAGUGGCCUACGACCGCGGUGCUCGGGAAGUUAAGUUGUCCACGACUGAAGCCGUUGACCCCAAAACAGUCACCCUUACCUAUAUGGGUCAACUUAACCAGAUCAAUACCUUCCAGGAUCUGACUCAAGGUCUUUUCAAAACCAACUACUUGGACUCUAUCCUGGGCAAAUCAAACAACUACAUCAUUGCUACUCACUUCCAGCCUCACGCUGCUAAGUUGGUAUUCCCCUUGAUCGAGGAAUUGCAUAUCAAGACUCCCAUCACUUUGGAAGUGACUACUUUGGGAAGAUUCAAGGUGAUGUCGGUUGCAUCGUUGAUUUCGCUGACGCCGGUAUCUAUGCUGGAAAUGAACGUUUUCAAGUUUAAGCCUACACCCCCCAUUGCGCCUCUGGUGUUUGGGUUCGUCAUUGGCGAUUUUGAGUUCCUCGAAGAAUCGGUCCGUGGUAAGCCCGUGAGAGUCUACACCGCUAUUGGUGAAAUGUCCGGAGCCAAACUUGCUAUCGACUAUAUCGCUAAGUUUCUUCCUGUCAUUGAGGAUAUGUUUAAAGUUGAGUAUCCUCUUGACAAGCUUGACUUUGUCGGUUUACCAUUCCUUAAUGACGGAGCUAUGGAGAACUGGGGUUUGGUGACUGUACUCAACCUGCAAUUGCAAACCACCGGCGAUGUCUCCUUCUCAUCUCGUCUCGGCCUCCAACAGCUUGUAGCUCAUGAGUUGGUGCACCAGUGGAUGGGGGAUCUUGUCACUUUCGACAACUGGAAUCAAUUGUGGUUUAAUGAAGCUUUUGCGACGUGGAUGGGCAAUCUCGUUGUCAAAAACUCUGGUAUCAACAAGGAUGAACUCGACUACACUCCCGUGCUGCAAUCGAUUGAGUCGCGUGAAGAGUUGAUGCAAAGAGACUGCUUCUAUGGCGACAAGGGAGAGUACGAAAUCCAACAACUCCUGUUGUUUAUGAACAACGUCAACAUUGGGCUCAAUUGCUUGACGACCACCUUAUUUGACGAAUCUAUGUAUGAGAAGGGUAUGGCAUUGGUUGCCAUGAUUUACGGUAUGUUUGUCGCUGAAGGUUCCACCAAAUUUUUCGAAGGGUGUGGCAAAUUCUUAACAAAGUACAAGUACCAAUCAACUAAGGUGUUUGAGCUUUGGAAAACACUCAACGACGACAUUUCGGUGGAUUUGCCUACUUUCGCCCACUCGUGGCUCAACGCCACUGGGUUGCCUCGGGUCCAGGUAACGGUGAAGAAUGGCCAAGUUACAAUCGAACAACACCGUUAUAUUCGCGGUUCAAAUGCCCAAGCUCUCCAACUUGAGGACACGCCUUACCACUUGCCGUUGUACGUCAAAGUCUUACAGGAAUCCGGGUCUACAAAGUUAUUAAACGUGUUGUUGAGUGACCGGCGCAUGGAACUCGACAUCCCCAUGGACCAAUUUUUGGGUAUCAACUCUCUUGGCGUGGGGUACUACCGUCUGCAUUAUGAUUACGCUUCGGCAAUCAACAUUGCCAAGAAUAUUAAACAUAUGGACCUGGUGGCUUUGCUCACAAUACUCCAUGAUUUUGGUGCUCUCUUGGAGGAUGGUGCCAAUCUCGAGAUUAAUGAAGAUGAUUUGUUGGCUUUCCUCGCAUUGUUGGAUCUGAUGACUUCCAAUGACUAUGUUCUUGACUACGAUGUGGUCAAGAUUGCCCUCAAAUACUUAGAUGGUGUCAACGAUCGCAUGCGUCAUUUUAGUGAUUACCUCAAAUUCGGCGAGUGGGUGAGCAAGUUCCAAAAGAAAAUGUUUGACAAGAUGGGUGACUGGGACAAACUCAUUCUGAUGACGGGCCCCACGAUGUCGCUGCUGGAGUUACAAGCACGGAACCUGAUACUUAUGCUUGGCAUUAACACCACUGAAUGUCAAGAAAUCGCCAAAACCAUGUUCAAGAACUUCCGCCAAGCCGCUAAGACGAAGAAGUUCACUCUGCGUUAUGUUAUUGCCGCCACCCUCAACGUUUACAUGGCUGCUGCCACUCCUAGAGAAUAUAAGGAUGUGUUGGAGUUGGUUCGUAACGCUGAUGUGCUGAUGUUGGCACACCUGGAUCUCACCAUUGGCGAGCUUCAAACUAUGGCGGUUUCGUCGCUUGGGUUUGUUUCGGACCCUCAACUCUUGCACAAAACCCUUAACUUUGUUGGAACCAACAUUGACUCCAAACUUAUCGAGCUCGGUUUACUUGGGUUCCGUUACAAGAGCGAUUUGGACCUGAAGCUUCAGUUGUUCAAGUGGUACAAGGUGAACUAUGACAAAUGGGCACCGAAGCUGUUACGCCCCGGCUCUGAUUGGGCGGCCCAACUCAAAGUUACGUUGGCCAACACCAACAAGCUCAUUUUGGGUACGAUUAUGAAUCAUGACCCUGAAUUAAUUAGAUUGCGCGACGAGUUCAUCAGGGAUAAGUUGGAAAAAUUACCCGAACACGGGCUCCAAGCGGCAUUAGAUGAAGUCGACAACACCGACAACGAGGCUGUUGGUAAACUCUACGCGGGUAUCGCCAACAAGCUCUGA